AUGUGUCCCUUUAAGGACCUAAGAGGUAAUUUGUGUUUGGUGCCAUGGGAUGUGGGCAAGGCUCUAACUGAUUAUGUCUCAUCUGUGUUCACCAAGGAGAAGGAUGUGAAACACAAGGGCUUCUUAAAUAUAAGAUUCUUGAUUUCCUGCACAAGAAGGGUUACCUUCUCGAAACUGUCUCGAAACUCUGUUGCUGCCUACUUGAGCAGAAGAGAUUUUGUGGACCAUGGCAGCCAUAUUGACCCUGUGGAUGGCGUGCUGUUGGUGGACACCGGUUACGUAAGGGAACGAAAAGUUUAUUGCAGACUGAAAUGUACUUUCCAUUAUGGACCAGAGGACACUGGGGUGAUCGGACAGGCUUUCAAUAGGGACCUGUAUGUGUCUACAGUCCAGGUGUACCCUCAAACAGGCGAGGAAUUGAAAUCACUAACCAAGCUGCAGGAACGCUUGAUGAAGAAGAUUGGAGACGAAGCUUUGCCUUUCAUUUUUCAGUUCCCAAAUUAUCUGCCCUGCUCUGUUUAUCUUCAGCCUGGUGCCAAUGAUCCAGACAAGUUUUGUUCCGUAGAUUUUGAGAUAAUAGCGUUCUGCGUGAACAAUCUGGAGGAAAAGAUCCAUAAAAGAAGUUCUGUGCGUAUGACUAUCCGUAAAGUGCAGUAUGCUCCAGAUCACGCCGGCCCACUGCCAAGUGCUCACAUCAGCAAGCAUUUCAUUAUGUCCGACCACCCUCUUCAGCUGAUGGCAUCACUGAAUAAAGAGAUAUAUUACCACGGGGAUCCCAUCAGCAUCAAUGUUCAAGUGACAAAUAACACCAGCAAACAUGUGAAGAGCAUCAAAGUUACAGUUGAACAAACAACCACUGUGGUGCUGUACUCGAAUGAUAAAUACACAGAGGUGGUUGCUGAGGAGGAUGCAAAUGAUCAGGUUGCCGCAGGCUCCACAUUCUCAAAGACCUAUGUGCUUUUGCCCACAAUGGCCAGCAACCGAGGCAAACAUGGAAUCGCGCUGGAUGGGAAAACCAAACUGGAGGACAGUAACCUGGCUUCUUCCACCAUCUUAAAGGAAGGAAGUGAUCGAGAAGUUCAAGGGAUGUUGGUGUCCUACUCCAUGAAAGUCAGCUUGCUGAUCCCAGGCAUGUUGGGUGACAUUUCUUCCAGUGAUGCCACUGUGGAAAUACCCUUUCUGCUCAUGCACGCCAAACCUGGUGGGUAUCAAUUAUGAAUAGGAUUAUUGUGGAAUCUUCUUUGGGCUGAU